CCCCGCGCCCGGGCGGCAACGCGCGCACACCGCGAGUCCGCACCCUUUUCCGGUCCGGGCUCCCGCGACCGCUCUUGCUGCUGCCGGUGGAUGCUGCGCCUUUCGGAGCGCAACAUGAAGGUACUCUUCGCCGCCGCUCUCAUCGUGGGCUCCGUCGUCUUCCUUUUGCUGCCUGGACCCUCCGUGGCCAACGAUAAGAAGAAGGGACCCAAAGUCACAGUCCAGGUAUACUUUGAUCUCCAAAUUGGAGAUGAGCCUGUAGGCCGAGUGGUCUUUGGACUCUUUGGAAAGACUGUUCCGAAAACGGUGGAUAAUUUUGUAGCCUUAGCUACAGGAGAGAAAGGAUUUGGUUACAAAAACAGCAAAUUCCAUCGUGUCAUCAAGGACUUCAUGAUCCAGGGUGGAGACUUCACCAGGGGAGAUGGCACAGGAGGAAAGAGCAUCUAUGGUGAGCGCUUCCCAGAUGAGAACUUCAAGCUGAAGCACUAUGGGCCUGGAUGGGUGAGCAUGGCCAAUGCAGGCAAAGACACCAAUGGCUCCCAGUUCUUCAUAACUACCGUCAAGACGUCCUGGCUAGAUGGCAAACAUGUCGUUUUUGGCAAAGUUCUAGAGGGCAUGGACGUAGUGAGGAAGGUGGAGAGCACCAAGACCGACAGUCGGGACAAGCCCCUGAAGGAUGUGAUCAUCGCAGACUGCGGCAAGAUCGAAGUGGAGAAGCCCUUUGCCAUAGCCAAGGAGUAGUCUCAGGGACCUCACCCCUCUAAGCUGCGUGUGCGCAGGUCCUGUCACUACCCUCACAGGGGUGAGGUAGCCAGUCACAAGGUUUCGUGCCACUUGGCCCCAGGGCUUCCAUCUGAGGGAGUGGACCCAUGCCCUCUCACAUUCCACAGGCCUGUUUUUAUACCAAACUCGUAACAGUGCUGAUCAAUAAAAAAAGUGGGUUUUCUUUUUUUAUAACUUA